GUGUGUGUGAGUGUGCAGAAGGCACAGAAGCUGAUGGAAAGGAAGAUUAGACACUAAAUUUAAGAUGUGGAGAAUCCUCAAAUCUAGUGUAAUACAAGAAGAGAAGUAAUUUCUACAAUGCUCUGUUUCCAUGCGUGAUUUGCUUGGCAAGAUGAGAGCCACGCUUGUGCCGCAGAAACACUCUCUACCAUGGAUUAUUUGUAUGGUUUUGAUCACAACUGCUGGAGAGAACAUCCCCUGCCCUCAAGGCAGUCAGGUUCACCUGACCAGCCUACGAUGCUAUUGGCUGUCAGAGAUGGCAGUGUCAUGGUUUGAAGCACAGGCUUCAUGCAGAACGACCCUGGGAGGGGACUUAGCAUCUGCUGACAGCCUAGAACUUCAAAGUUUCUUUCUCCAUGCCUUUCCAGUGAAAACCACUGUGUGGGUAUGGCUGCAGGACUCUGACCAGAAAGGGGUUGUACAGCCACAAAGUCCAAUAUGGUGGGACAAAGAUGAUGAUAGUCCAGGGGAGUGCACUCAGAUGGCACUGGGAACACUGGGAAGGUGGAGGAAGGCCCAGUGUGCAGGAGAAUACCUUUUCAUCUGUGAAAUGGAAGUAAAUGCGCCUUUACCAUCUGUAGACUGUUACCUCAUUGGAUUGGCUCUCAUGACCGGCAUAUAUGCAGAAACCAACGUACAGCUUCUUCCCAGUGUUCCAGACAUCGGACGGCACACAGUAGAGAUGCAGCUUUUCCCGGGCUUGUGGUUCAGUCAUGCAGGCCAGUUGUUAUCAGUGGAACUGGUGGUCCAGCCCAGUCCUGUGUCCUCUCUGGCUCGUGUCCAGAUACUUCGGCCCUACUGCAACCCUAACUACCACUUGGUACCUCCAGGCUGCAGCUCUCUCCUUAAUCCAUUCAGCUGCUGCUCAGCAGUACCGCUGUGUAACACUACAGGGGGCUGCAGCAUUGGGCAGUACUGGUGCCAUCUACUGGAAGCCUGCGUGCUCACCACCAGUCCAUGCAGUACCUAUGACUCUGCCAUCGGAAAUCGGGGCUUUGCUUUACUGCCAAGAUACUCCGACCAACCACCGUUCUACCACGUGGUGGCAGACGUGCCUCUGAAAAUUAACCCUACCUUCGAGCUGAACACCAUAAGGCUGCCCCUCUUAGAGCGAGCCAUCGUGGUUUACCCUGAUGAUAUUGUGGCCAUACAGCACACUCUUGACUCUGGAACAUUUCUACAUUGCCUAAACAGCGAAGCCUCCCGAAACUCUCCCUGGCGCCAAAGUUACCUGUCCUUUAGGGGGAUGGAGUGGGGAGGCUGGUUGGAAGGAGUUACUUUACUGCCCCAAGGAAGCAAGUGGGUGGAUGGGGUUGUGUGUAAUCUAAGGAUGCUUUAUGUGGACACGCUUCACAGAGCUACGGAGCAUGAGGACAUCUUUGACUAUACUCAGACAGAGACAGCCACCGUCAGUGGUAAUAGGCCCUUUACUACAGGUCCCAAUCCCAGUCUUAGGUCUAAAUUCCAACUUGAGGUCAUUCACCCACUCCCAGAUGAUAAAAACCAGAUUCAUGUCCAAAUCAAUAUCCCAACUGUCAUUAUUCUCAAGGCCCUGUUUGGAGAAAAAGCCAGCAGCUCAUGGUCAGCCCCGGUGCUCCAGACUGGAGUUCUGUUUCUUCCAUCCUGUCCUGAAAAUAUGUUUCAGUCUUCACUUGGCUGUAGGAAGCAAUCCCAGGAUUCCUGGUUUUCAUCUGUGACUCUGGUCUUAUCAUCACCUGGAAUUCAGAUCCUGAACAUCAGUGUGAUGGAUGUACAAAGCUUUCAGAGUUUGAGUGUGAAGGUUUGUGGCUACGAGCCUGUGAUGGGGCUUGGUGUUGAGCCACAUGGAUGCCUGAGGAUGCUUGUAGAUACAUCGCAGUCAUUUACAGCCACAGUGGAGAGCGGCUCUUCAGUAAAAUUCUCAUGGGUGAUUGACGACCUGAAAGAGUUUGCCUAUGAAGGGGAAUCUUACAGCGUAAUGUUCAAGAAACCUGCUGAGUAUAAGCUGCUGGUGACAGCAUCCAACCCGGUGAGCUCGCAGAGCCAGCAAAUCCUCCUGACUGCAGAUGAAAUCAUGCUGCUAGCUGACCCAGAGUUCCUGUCAGUCAGUGAGGUUGUGGCUAUGGAUGUUACUCACCUCUACACUGUGAGGGUCAGAGUUGAUAUCUCCCUUCCAGUUACCUUUAGAUGGGAUUUUGGAGAUGGCAGUAGCAGUGUUAUCCACACGCAGUCUGCUCCAUGUCAGUCCAUGGAAGCACAUGUGGCAAGAAGAGAGAAGCAAGUGUACAUCCAGGACUCGGUAAACUACACCUAUCAGAUCCCAGAGGACUACACACUUCAUGUUCAAAUCUCCAAUCAAUAUGACAACACUGAAACAUCCAUGAAGAUAAAUGUCUGCCCUCAGUUAAUCAGCCUCCUCAUUUCCCCUUCCACUUUGGUGCCCAUUGUCAACCAGACUUUCCAUCUGGAAGCUUCCACCAAACCCUCCGCUUUUGUUGUCUUCUACACGUGGGACUUUGGAGAUGGUUCUAAAGCUGCCCAAAGCAUCUACUCUAGAAUUGGCCAUAGGUUUGGAUCUGCAGGAGUAUACAACAUCACAGUACUGGCUAAUAACACAGUUUCAUCCAUUAGUGCCUGGCAUUUGGUGGUAGUUAUGGAAAAAAUCUCUGGAUUAACUGUCUCCAGCAGCAGAUCAAGUGAAGUUGGCUCUGCUACAGAUUUCAAAGCUGAGGUUUCCACUGGUACUGACCUCCUCUGGGAUUUUGACUUUGGUGAUGGGUCCCGGCAGGAGAAUCUUACAGAUGGUUCCAUCUCACACAUCUAUAAGUUUCCAGGGAACUAUACAGUAGAAGUGACUGUCUGUAAUUCUGUCAGCAAAGCUGUUCAGUCUAUCAUUGUUGAGGUCUAUGCUUUGACUAUUAGAGGGGUUCUCCCGACAGAAUGCAUCAUGAGUGGAAAAGACACACAGUUUACAGCUCUGGUGAAUGGAAACAUAUCCAGUCUGACUUUCCAUUGGCUGUUUAAAGACUCAAAUGUAGAUGUAGUGACAGGACAGGCCACAGCCAUGCAUAUAUUUCCAAGCCAUGGUAUUUUUCAUGUUAACCUGACUGUGUUUAGUUCUUUCACACGUACCUCAUUUAAUACGAGUAUCUGUGUUCAAAGUCCAAUAACGAAUGUUGUGAUGCAAUCCUCACAGAAUGUGGUGGCAGUUGGCGAACAAAUAUGCAUUAGUGUGUUAGUGUCCCCUGAACAGAUGAUGGGUUAUCAGUUCAAAUGGUUUAGUAACUCCUAUGAUUUUGCUGCUGUAACAGAAAACUCUGAGAGGUGUUUUGUCUUUAAAGAUGAAGGUGUUGAAGAGGUGACAGUAACAGCAAGUAACAAAGUCAGCAACAAAACAGCCAAAGUUAACAUUACCAUUCAAAAACCAGUGAGCAGACUCUCUAUUAGGCAUAAUGGCCAAAGUGAUGCACUGAUUGUCAAUACAGUAGCAUCAUUUUGGAUUGCCAGUUGUGCUGGCACCAAUGUGUCAGUGCUGUGGAACUUUGGAGAUGGGUCACCAGCGGAGCAGAAACAUAAUGUCUCACAUGUCUUUACCUUGUUGGGUCAGUUCACAGUCACUGCAAUAGCAUUUAACGCUGUUAGCCAGGACUCUACAACCCUCACAGUGAAUGUAUUACUCCCUGUUUCAGACCUUUCACUUCACACCAGCCAGCCUUAUUCUGUGGUAGGAGAGGAAACUGUCAUCACAGCAGUUAGCAGUGCUGGAAUUAGCAGUGCCAGCUACUUUUGGACAGUAGAAGGCAUAUUUUUAACCAGUCAGGGAACUCAUGAGUUUAGAUUUGCUUUCCCGAGACCAGGAGUGUAUCGAGUAAGCGUUAUAGCAGAGAAUCUAUUGAAUAAAAGAGUGGCAGAUAUUUUAAUUGAGGCAUUUGAAAGAAUAGAGGGACUUCAGAUUGAAUGUCAAAGCCUGAUAAAUGAGAAAUAUAUACCAACUCAUGAGGAAGUGUUGUUUACUACUUCAGUCACCAAAGGCUCCAGCAUUACUUUCCAUUGGCUUUCCAGACAGAGUGAAACAACCCAACAAAUUGCAGGUGAAGGAGAACUUUUUCAUUUGUUACCUGGAACCCCUGGUAAUCUUUCAGUUCAGCUUAGAGCCUCCAAUGUGUUGGGUGAGGUUACCAAGAGUGUUUCUUUAGUAGUAGUUGAACGUGUAAAAAAUGCAGUCAUAACAGUACAGUCAAAUUUUGUGGCAUGGAAGAAAGUAGUGAAUAUCUCUGUUUUUGUGGAUACCGGAUCAGACUUACAAUACCUUUGGCAUAUGAAUACUAACCUUUUAUCCCUUCAGACACAAGAACCUUUUCUGCUUUACACUUUUCCAAGUCUGGGUUCUUUUCUUGUCACAGUUGUAGUUUGGAACGCUGUUAGCCAAAGUAACAACACCAAACAGUUUUUGGUUCAGGAAGAAGUCCAAGAUGUAGGCUUUCAAAUUGACAACAACACACAUCCAUUUUAUGUUAAUGCAAGUGCUACUCUUUCCUUUUAUGGGUUUAUUCACAAGGGUAAUGAUCUGCAUUGGGACUGGAAAGCUAGAACUGCAAAACAGAACAUUUUUACCUCAACCAGUCAAACAUUUAGCUACAGAUUUCCACAUGCAGGCACCUACCAGGUGUAUCUGAAUGUUUCCAAUGAGAUAAGUUGGCAGAUGGUUUCACACGAUGUCACAGUCCAGGAUGCAAUCAAAGGUCUCGUGCUGGGCAAUAGCAAGUCCUCCUUCUGUAGUAACGAACAAGUAACAUUUAUUCCAACAAUCUCCAGAGGAAGUAAUGUAAGCUUUCUUAUAACUUUCCAAAACAAACAUUGGACUCAAAGUCAUGAUAUUUUUGAAGGCCAAUACACCACAUCAAGUCUUCCAGUCGGGAGACACAUAGUUACAGUUCAAGCUUUCAACCAGGUCAGUAGUGCAGAGGCGUCCUCUGGCAUUCUAAUCACUGAGCAAGUUCAAGGUUUGCAACUUGUAAACUGUUGUUCUAGUACUCUAGAAGCUCAGAAAGGAACCCAAUUCAAAGCAGAGGUUCAAAGUGGAUUUCCAGUCAACUACACCUGGAUGUUUCACUUGGAAAGGUCAAGGCCCACUUGGCUCAUGGGAAAAGAUGUCAUCUUUACUCCCUUGGAUAAUGGUUCAUUAUUUGUUAGUGUGUCAGCCAGCAAUGGACAAUGCUCUCAGACAGUAAACCUGACUGCUACAGUUGAGUGGCCUGUUAGGAAAGUAAAGCUUGUCUGUCGUUCAAAGAAAAUAUUUGUUGAACAUGCUGUCCGAUUUUCUGCAACAGUGGGCAAAGGAAGCAAUAUUAAAUAUGUGUGGGACUUUGGAGAGUCCAGGGAAUUAUUAGUGACAGAGUCAAGUGCUGUUAACCACACUUAUUAUAACACCGGCAAAUACAAAGUUAUGGUCACAGUUUUCAACAGUGUCAGCAAUGUGUCCUCACAGCUACACAUAGAGGUGGAGGAUCUUCAAUGUUCCAGCCCUCAGGCCUCCCUGGUUCAAAGCCAGUCUACUAUAUUCAGGUCUAGAACAAGUUUCUUUGAAGCAAGUGUGAAUAUUAAUUGCUCUUCUUACAAGACUCUCUAUUUGUGGGAGGUAUUCACCGAGUCAGACUGUACCUAUGGCAACACUGAUAUUUCCGGAAACAAAGUCAUUCUCCAAAAUCUGGAGGAUGCAACGCUUUUUCUCUCAAUCCCAAAGCAUGCGCUUAAUGUAGGGAGCUACUGCCUGGUAUUCACACUUUCAUUCCAGGAAACUCCCAUCCUCCUCAAACUGAAGACUAACAUCACAGUGGUCCACUCACCAUUAGUAGCUUUCAUCAAGGGAGGCUCCCACAGAUUGUGGUCCAGCCUAAACAACCUUGUCCUUGAUGGGUCCAACUCUUAUGACCCUGAUAUUGAGCCAGGAGUAGAAGAUGCCCUUCAGUAUCACUGGACCUGCAUGACAGAGAACUCCAAAGAGUCCUCUUUUGUAAAGCAGCCCAUCGGGGGGACCAGCAGUAGGAUGACUAUACCAAGCAAUCAUUUACACCCUGGCACAAUCUACAUUUUCACCCUUACUGUGCACAAGGAAGGGAGGAGACCUUCCUCUGUCAACCAAACGGUAACUGUCAGUGAAGCUCACUUACUUCCUGUGACUAUAGAAUGUGUAUCCUGUUCUGUUCACUCAUCUGCUAACCACAUCAGUUACAACACCCCUGUUGUCCUUUCUGGACAUUGUGGACAAUGUGAUGACCAGGCACAGUACAAAUGGAGAGCUCACGACCAAAGUGGUCUGUCCCUUGUCCUUGAUGAGGUCACCACUAAAGGGAAAUAUUCUCGCAGCUUGGUGGUGCGAUCAGGUAUCCUUCAGCCGGGACAGAGUUAUUACUUUGCCCUAGAUGUAGCCCAGCCUCACAGUGGGGAGCGGGGCAGUGCCAUCUUGAUGAUACAAACAAACAAUCCACCACAUGGCGGCCUGUGUGAUCUGAGUCCAGAGUCAGACAUACAACUACUGGAGACAAAGGUCACCUACAACUGUUCAGGAUGGCAAGAUGAUGAAAGCAGAGUCUCUCAGUUGAUCUAUACCUUCCAGGUGGCAUUAUGUCAACUCAUUAGCACUGUGUGCCCUGUGCUCACACUCUAUAGGGGCACACAGUCAACAUUCAGCACACUGGUCCCUGUGGGAAGUCCUGGACAACGAGAAACCGUGUCAGUUAUCAGAGUUAUUCUGCUUGUAGAGAACCAUCAAGGGGCAAAAGCUGUGGCUUUAAACAGAACACUGACAGUGGAAAAUCCUGCAGUCAAUGAAGCUGCCAGUCAGUGGCUGAAAAACAAGAGCCAGACUGAACUGUGGGCUUUGGUCCAACAUGGUAACCCUCAAGAAAUCAUCCCAUAUUCCAUUGCCCUCACCAGCAAGCUCAAUCAGAUGGACUUUGAAUGGACCACCGAGGAACUCAUGGAUAGGAGGGAAAUCCGCGAAAAUGUAACAGAAGCUCUCGCCUCUCUCCCAGUGUCCACCUUACUAGAUGUUGAUCAGAUCAGCGCGACACUGUCACAGUCUGUGUCUGUUCCCAGUGAGCUGGUACGUGAAACCUCUCAGAAGAAAGUUUUGGAAACUGUAGGGAAGAUGAUCCAUGUAAUAGAGAAAGAGACGGAUCCUGCCGUUUUGUCAGCUGCAGAUACAGGAAGAAACAUCCUUAAUGUUAUAGGUGGUACUCUGGCAGCUGCGUCUGAAUCAGCCAGUGGUUUUUACCCAGCCUACUCGGGAACACUGCAGGGAGCAUCAGUAAUCUCCCUGUCAGCACUGAGCUAUGCUGGAGCUCUAAUGCGCACACUGAUGCGUUCAUAUGUUUCUGGCGAGGUGCCUUUUUUGCUCUCCACCAACUAUAUCACCUCAGUGGGUUUCCAAGGAGACCCUUCUGAUCUCCUCUGCCAGUCAAACCAGAUAACAAGACAGUCGUCAUUUCCUGACAAAUCUAAGGCUUCUCAUCAUUGUCAGUUUACUAUGCCCUCGUCCCUGAUAGCUCGUCUGGAGAAUACAGAGUCUGAGGUGGUGCAGGUGUUGUUCGGUUUGGAAAAAAUACUGGAUGCCAACGCUUUACUGGAAGGAGCCAAUCCUCCAAUUUCCACCACUCUUGUGGCCAUGGAGCUCAACACUCCUCAGGGUCAGCCCAUACCCAUUGUGGGUUUGGACCCUGAACAAGCCAUUCAGGUCUCCCUGCCAAAUAAGUACUCCUUGGAUCAUGGAAAUGAGAGAGUACGUGAAGAUGGGAAUGGGACAUGUCUUACUGUAACACUACCGACUAAAGGACAGCUGAACUUCACAGUAAAAGUUCCAGAUAGCCUGGAUGAAAAUGCAGGUUUAUAUAUCUCCUUCAAGUUCACCUUGGCUCCAGGAGCAACUCCACUGCCUGUAGGACAUGUCAAGAUUGAAGCGAGCUCUGCAGUGCCGAGGACUAAUGCAUCCCAGGAUUCCCUGGUGAGAGAGUGGGCUCUUACACUCUCUCAUCUGGCCAGCUCCUCGGAAGAAACCAUUUUUCUGUCUCCCCUUCUAAAUGGGACAGAUACGCCUCUUUCUGUCAACCUGAGUUCAUCUCUUGUCGACGGCGGUCCAGUCAAUGUGUCGGUGUGCGUGUUCAGCUCUCUGUGCCAGUACUACAAUGUGAAGGAGAGGCGUUGGAGCAGGGAAGGUCUUCGACCACUAGAGGGCAGCACACUCCACACAGCGCUCUGUCUCACCCAGCACCUCACCAUGUUUGGGGCCAGUUUGUUUGUUCAUCCAGGGGCUGUUGUUUUGCUAUCACCUUCAGGAGAACCUGUGAGGAACAUGGUGGUAGGGAUUAUCUGUGCUGCCCUGGUUUUGAUUCACCUGCUGGUGGGGCUCAUUGCCCACAAGCUGGACCACUUAGACAGCCUGAGACUGAGUCAGGUUCCUCUGUGUGGGCGACCCGGGCUGUACCACUACAGAGUGCUGGUAAAGACUGGCUGGAGGCCCGGGGCAGGAACUACGGCGCACGUUGGCAUUAGUUUGUAUGGUGUGAAAAAGAGCGGCUCGCACCAUCUGCAGAGGGAUGGAGCUUUCCAGCGUGGCAGCCUGGACCAGUUUCAUGUGGAGACAGAUGACAACCUGGGAGAAGUCUGGAAAAUUCGCAUCUGGCAUGAUAACACAGGUUUGGACCCAUCAUGGUAUGUGCAACAUGUGGUGGUGUGGGACCCUCAGACAGACCACAUGUUCUUCUUCCUGCUAGACGAUUGGCUCUCUGUUGACAAUGAGACGAAUAGCACAGUGGAGAAGGAAGUACUUGCCUGUUGUCCAGAGGAGCUCACUCUAUUUAAAAGGGUGUUCACCUCCCAGCUGAUAUUUGGCAUGGUCGACCGCCACCUGUGGCUAUCCCUGUUGGAACGCCCCCCUCACAGCUGUUUCACGAGGGGACAGAGAGUUACCUGCAGUGCCCUUAUGCUGCAUCUCUACCUGGCACUGGGGGCUCUGUGGUAUGGAGCUGUUGGCACUGUGGGGCACAGUGGACCCAUUUCAGCCCAUCUGGUGGCCAACGUGGAGACGGUUGCUGUGGGGAUGACUGUUGCUGUGCUGGUGUUUCCUCUCCAGUGUUUCCUCUGCUUCUUGUUUAGAAAAGCUCACAGUCGGGUAACCGUGGACAUGUCAGUCCCUCCCUCUCCUGUUUGUCACUCUGUGGAGAUGGACGUAUUCCUUGGCCAAUCGGAGUUCUCCUGCCCUACUUUUCUGUCUUUGCCAGAUUCCUCUGGCCGAGUCACUGACAGUCCUUCAUCCUUGCCGGAGAGUAAGGCCUUAGACUCCAGCAUCUUAGACUUCUGGGCUGCCUCUGGUUUGGCGCCCAAGAAGGACGAAGCACAUCAAGAAGAUGGCAUUGUAGCGUGGCCAUCAUGUGACAGCCUACUCAGUCUACCAGUGGGUUCAAGCCCCUCCAAGCCAACCUUAGCCCCUGACGCCUGCAAGGCUUCAUCUGCUCGUCAGCUAAAGCGGAAAAAGGCCUUGAUGCAGCUUCACUUGACGCCGCACAAAUCCCCAGAUAGGAACUCCAAUCGAGUCCAAGUUCACAGCCACAAUCUGACAACACUUCUUACUCUUUCCGAGGAGGAUUUACUAAUGUCUAUCGAAGCAGCAGAGGACACAGCAGAUGCUAAAAACAGCAACUCAGACAGUGGGCGGGAUUCUCCGAGAACCACAUCCUCAGUCUCAACCAUGCGGAGCACCUCCUGCAGCAGCUGGUCAGAGCACAGUGAGGAUAACUCCCAGUAUGGCACAGGACUCUAUAAGUGUCCAUCUGUAGACUCGAUGGCAAGCACCUUCCUGCCGAGCACUUCUCCUGACUCCACAUGUUCCUCCUACACGACACGCAUAGGUGUUGCUCGGAGUCAGCCAGGCAGGCUACUUCCUUGCUGGGCGCUGCGUGUCAUUUACCCUCUGGUUGCUGUGCUGCUUGGAGUGUGUCUGGCUGUGGUGGGACUCUAUGGAAGCUUCUUCUCCAGGACAGUAGUACUCAUGUGGCUUGUAUCAGCUCUUUCUGCCUUUCUCACCUCUGCUCUGCUGCUGGAACCUCUCAAGGUGUGCGUGCUGGCCUUGAUCUACACAGUCCUGUGGAGACCUGUGGAUCCAGAGGUGGAGGAGCAGCUGGCUCAGGAGGCCACUGUUGUGAGGCCGUUUGCAGAGCAGAGCGGGAAGGUCCGACCGCCAUGCGGCUACGGCCUGCUGCAGGCGAAAGAGGAGGCUCGCAAAGUCCGAGCACUGCAGUCACUUAUGAGGCACUGUGUGUGGCAGCUGUUAUUUCUGUUGCUGGUGCUGAUGGUGAACUACCAGGACGCAACGGAGCAGAGACAGGCCAGGCUUCUGCACUCCACCAUCAAACGACGUCUUCACGCGUCACCCUUGGGGUUUCCCAACAUCACCUCACUCAAAGAUUGGUUUGACACAGAGCUGUGGAUCAAUCACACCUUGGUGCCACAUCUCCACCAAAACCCCUCACUGCGACUUGUGGGCUUAACACAGCUGCAGUACACACAUGCGCUCGGUAGCCAGGCGGUUCACCUUCAGUCAAACAACAGUGGAACAAUACCCCAGCUCGUCACUGCCCCUCACAUGGCAGGGAAAAGCAGGAAACAGUUUGAAGCUCUUUCUAUAGAGUUCACUCAGUACCACAGAGAGUCUGCUUUAUUUCUGUGUGUGUGCAUAAAACUCGAGUGGACUCGGACACAAGCCAUCACAUCCUGUCUCUCUAUCCAUCCACUCCUCAUCCCUUUAUCCGUGUCAGGACUGGACCUUCAGACGGCACUCCCGAUUCUUCUACUCAUCUCUGCUCUCCUGAUUGUGCUUGGGGAGCUGUGGUCUGUGGCCACUGAGCGUGCCCAGUAUCUGCAUCAAUGCCAUCACUGGUUCCAGCUGCUCCUUGCCUUCUUGUUGCUGACAACAGCUAUCCUGCAGCUCCGCUUCCUGUCUUGUGCGUCGUCAUGUGUUUCCCAGCUGCGGUCCCAACCAGACAACUUCAUCAACUUCCAUAGUGCUGCCCUUCUGUCACAAAGGUCCUCUCAGUGUGCAGCCAUCCUGCUCACUCUGCUUGUUCUAAAGCUGCUGGGAACCUUACAGUUUGUGCAGAGGUGGGCUGUGAUAGGCAGAGUGUUGCACAGAGCCUGGAGGGAGCUGCUGCCUCUGGCUGUCCUACUACUGCUGCUGCUGCUGUUCUGCACUCACCUUGGGAAUGUGAUUUUUUCACAAUCAGUAGAAGGUUUCCUGUCAGCACAAGAAACCAGUGUCUCAGUCUUGUCCUUUCUUCAUGGUCGGAUGGUCCUGCAAAGAAUCUGCCAGCUCCACCCCAUCCUGGGCCCUCUCUAUGGGCUGCUUCUCAUGGGAGGAGGUGUUUGGCUUUUGGCUAGACUGUGCGGAGCUGUUCUUAUCCAUAUUUACAGAGCAGAGCAGGCUGAGUUGUUUCAUCCAACCAUUAAACCUCAGGACUAUGAAAUGGUGGAGUUCUUCAUCAAAAGGCUCAAGCUAUGGAUGGGACUCACUAAGGCUAAACAGUUCAGACACAGGGUGAAGUUCAAAGGCAUGGACAUCCCUCCUUCCAGGUUUUCACAGGAAUCUUGUCUGUCCACCCUGUCUUCUACCGUUUCUUAUUCUCGCUCCCGUUCUUUGUCCUCCACAUUCUCGUCCCCACGUUCUCUAUCCUCGGCUCUCUCCAAUAGGUCUGAGGACUCGUCAGUGUCUGAGCUUGGUUUUGAAGUCCAGCAGUACCUAGACAGUCUACUGCCCUGUGUUACUGCUCUGUUAUCUUGUUUUGAUCGGGUCAACCAGAUAAGUGAGGACAUUUACAACCUAGAAAUUAAACUGGAGGAGGUUCAGAUGAGGAGAAGGAAUACAUCGAUAAAUUAUGAGAAGAAAAGUGAAAGAAUCUUUGUAGAGUUAGGAAUAUCAACAGGCGCAGAUGAAGGAAGGAUAACAGGAGAAGUUACUCACAGGAAGACCAGUCUCCAUCAUCCCAAGCUACAAGUCUCCCUUCCAUCUACACUCGAGUCCUCUGUCCCUUCGGUGUACAUGUUUCCCAAUACAUAUAUGUCCUAUUCCGAGUUUAAGUCAGUAGCAGUUCAACCUCAGCCAGCUAGUAAUGUGUACUCUUCCGAAGUUGCCGACCCUACACCUGCAAUCAGUGUAUUGUAUUCAAAAGCUCCUCAGUUUGAAAAGUUCCCCAGAAGAAGAGCAUGGCAUUCUGGGAGUUCUCAUUCUGCUGAUGCUGCUCAGAGGACAUUCCAGCUCUUGGAAGUUUGUCCAUGUAGAAAUGGAGAAGACAAUUCUGCUUUUAAUCCCAGACCCAAAAGUGAAGAAGGCUUAAAAAGAUCUAUCAGGGAUGGAAUUCCAGUAAAGAGGAAAGCUUGGAUCUCUGAAGGACCAGAGACUGAGUGAGAAACAUCACAAUGGAAGAAAAAUGUCUGUGCUGGAAAACAGAAUGACCGAAAUGAGGACAAGUUUUCACUGUUGUCCAUUUUUUUUUUAACAUCUUACUAUACUUUACAACAUUCCAUAACUCUAAGUGGUAAAAAAAGACACUGUGCUAUAGAUAUGUUGCUCUGCAGAUGAAUAAAGGCAUGACCAUUUGAUUUAGACUUUGCAAUAUGUUUGAAAUCCACCCCAGAAACAAGCAAAAGUCCCUCAGAUUAACACCAGGAGAUAGCAAUAUUAAACUAUAAACUAAGAAAAGGCGAAAUUUGAUUGGCAAGAAGCAGGAGCAGCAGAAGGUCAGCUACAUAAAAAAUUCCAAAUAACAGGAAACUAGAAAACAUCCCUAAUUAACAGAAUUAGUGAUGCACGAAUCAUGAACGAAUCAUUCAAUACUCGAGAAUCACUUUACUGACUCAUGAAUCAUGAUUCACAAGCGCAACUGAAUCACUGAC